CUGGCAUUUUCGCAUCGUCCGAUGACCGAAGUGUUCCGCGCGCCGUCGUCGAGCCGGGGCGGCCUGCCGACCCGCGAGAGCGAGAUGGAGAUCGUCCGGCCGUCGACGCGCGACUCCGCCAUGGACUCGCAGCGCUACAGCUUCAACCACCAGCACUCGGCGGCGAGCGAGUCGACGCGGUCCAUGCGGCAAGAGCUGGUCAUCCCGGUCCUGCCGCUCACGCAGCCCGAGAAGACGAGCAGCUACAAAGGCCGCAUUCGCAUUUGGCCCGGCACGCUCUUGCUCGUUGUCAUCGUUGCCGGUGCGAUCGCGCUCAUUGCGACGCAGGCGAGCGUCGCGCGCUCGGACGCCAAGCAACGCGCCAUCGACUACCAGUCGGGCGCGCUUGCGAAGCGCAGCAUCGACGGCGCCAAUGGCCUCGUCGACGUGGGCCCGGACGGCCAGCUCAACAACCCGGUGACGUACGCGACGCAGUCCUGCGCGCAGCUCGACUACCAGAGCAAGAACGGCAAGAUCUGGUAUGUGACGCCCGAUGGCCAAGAGGCGCCGAUCUCGAUCAAGGGCACCAACUGGUUUGGCAUGGAGACGGGCAACGCCGUGCCGUUUGGGCUCUGGACCAACGACCAGAACGGGACGACGGCGUACGAAGUCGCCGACUUUUUGUCCCGCAACAAGUUUAACGCGGUCCGCAUCCCUGUGUGCAUCACGAGCAUCCUGAAGAACACACCGCCGCGCAAAGGCCUCGUCAACGUCGCGAUGAACCGCGCGAUGGACCUGACCAACUACAUUACGACGCUGCAAUCGGUCAUCAAGGCGCUCGCGUACCGCAACAUUGGCGUCCUCAUCUCGAUGCACACGCUCACGACGACCGACUCGGGCGGCAACUGGUACGACACCAAGCUCGGCAUCUCGAAAGAUGAUUUUCUCGACUCGGUCGACAUUCUCACCAAGAACCUCUGCUCGGCCACGUACUGGAACAUCAUGGGCCUCGACCUCAAGAACGAGCCGCACAAGGCGACGUGGGCCGAGUUCUCGGCCGGCUCGACCAUCAUCGCCGACCGCAUGCACACCGGGUGCCCCAACUGGAUGGGCUUUGUCGAAGGCGUCAACGGCGCCCACAAGCUCACGAUCGACGGCACACCGUUCAGCUACUUUGACUGGUGGGGUGGCGGUCUCCAGGGCGCGAAAGAAGCCCCGGCCGCGUUCAACCGGCCCAACAAGCUCGUGUACGCUCCGCAUUACUACAACACAGCCGUGUCGCCGCAAGACUAUCUCUACGGCACGAAGGGCGCGGAGCUCGACGACGAGACGCUCCGCAUGCGCGUGCGGGUGACGAGCGACGACAUGUUUGGCUUCCUCGCGACGGCCAAGAAGGACGCGGUCGUCCUCGGCGAAUUCGCCGGUUUGUACAAGAACGACGAGAGCCCGAAGCUCACGAUUCGGCGUACGACCGACUUUUUUGAUCGAAACGAUGCUCCAGCAGCAGUACGCGGCGGCUUCAGCUGGAGUUUGAACCCCGAGUCGGCCUACCAGUUCAACCCAGCGCCUGGCACGUACCACGAAGGCCUCCUCGAGCUCGACUGGCUCACGUCCAACUCGGUCUUCCUCCAAGGCAUGGCGGCCAUGGACAAACUGCCGGACCUCAAGCCCUGGCCGUGCAUCCCUGUGCCCAAGAAGUAGGACGAUCAACUUUGAAUUUUGGACACAUACGACACUCACUAUAUACGACCUAUAUACACCGAAACCCCUUGAAUCUCAACGCCACCUUGACG